GUAAGCCUCUGUAUCUAUAGCGGGCUAGCUCCUGGAGUUGGCUGCUUCCCUGCUGGAGUAGGUCCGGCUCCGGUUCGCCUCCUUCUCCCGACUGCUUCCCACCAGCCCGCGCGGUUACUUUGCGGACGGGAUAGCAAGCUCGCUCAACCACGGAGGUUGGCUCCAGCAUCUACUACUGUGGCCACCACUGACAAUUCCAGCACCAUGUUUCCUUCGAUGCCAACUGUUCCUGUAAGCCUGGCUUCCCAGGAACUCUCAUCCACAACCUCGACGACUACCACUACUACCGUUACCACCAAUACCACUACUACAAUUACAAGUGGUUUCAACCUGUAUUUCAAGCCACCAUCAGCUUGGGCUAAUGGCACUGGCUUAAUCAGUGUGGCUUCUCUACCAGCUACCAUGACUGUAAACUCAAUAGUAACUCCUGUGAUGACAUAUGGUCGCCUGGAAAGUAUGGUGGACAAGUUGCACAUUCAUCUGCGAGACCAAGAGAAACACUUUCUUUAUCAGGCCAACCAACUCAAUGUUUGGAACCAUACAUUGAUUGAGAAGAGAGAUGAGAUUACUCUUCUACAUCACGAAGUGGAAAAAGUGAAGCUGGACCAGAGAAGGUUGGAACGGGAAUUGGAUUUUAUCCUGGCACAGCAGAAGGAACUAGAACAUCUGUUGACUCCUUUAGAGGAGUUUGUGAAGGAACAGAAUGGGGCUUUUAAUCUGCUGUAUUUUGAUAAAGAGUAUGAGAGAAUCUACAAAUUAGCAGAAACUAUAGAUGCUGAGCUGAAAAGAAUGACUCAAGAUCUCAAGGACAUUAUUUUUCACCUGAAUUCACUUGGAAGUCCUCGUGACGCUGCUGAUUCAGUUCAGCAGAUUUGCAAAAUUCUGAAUGCUCACAUGGAGUCUCUGCAGUGGAUCAGUCAGAAUUCAGGCAUAAUGCAGAAGAAGAUGAAAGAGGUCACAAAGGUUUUUGAGGAGUAUCGUUGCAAGGAGCAGGAGCGCAAUAUGAAGUUUGCCUUUGAAUAACUAUCACCCUGACCCACUCCAUUUGGAUUAUUCAUCAACCCUGAAUUCUGAUGAUAUUAAAUAAGAGUAGUGUUUAUAGUUACUACUUAUCUUUGAUUGCAAUAAUUUGUGCAUGUGUUUCAUUAUUUUUCAUUUAAAUACUGUAAAGAGAAGUAUUCAAUUUUUCUUUCAGAAUGAAAUAAAAUCAAGGCUGAGGGCAUAACUCAGUAAUAGAGUGCUUACACAGAAUUAAGUAAAAGGUAUAUUAACCCCCUUGCCCAGGCAAUUUGCUUAUUAGGUAUUGAUUUUGUGUGUGUAACCUAUAUCUUACUUAGAGUCUACAUCUUAUCACCAUUACACACCAACUUCCUACUUAAUUGUGAGAAGAUAUUUGCCAAAACGUACAUGCCACCCAGUAAGGACUGGGUGUUUGUUGCCAUUCUCGUAAAGUGCUAUAAAGUCUCAAGUGAAAUUUACUGUCAGCUCUGAGAUAUAAUUUUUAUCUGUGAAAGACUAUAUGGGCAAUGAAAGGAAGUGUAUCUUGAUUUACAGCAAGUGUCUUUCAGGAGUUCAGAGAAGGCAAUAUGGUUUUAUGGAUGAGAGAUUUAAUUAGGGCUUUUAGUUUUCUUAUGGUUCUAGAGAUCAAACCCAGUGCCACACUCUUGGAUUAUUUACCCAGCACUGAAUUAUGUUACUUUUAAGGGUAAGGUUCACAUGAUUCACUUUUGACUAUCAAGAGAUACCUCAGUGGUUCGGUUCGGUUUGGUGUUUGUUUUUUUUAAUCAAGAUCUCACUGUAUAGCCAUCAUCCUUCCUCAGUUUUCCAAGUAUCACCACACCCAGGUAUCCUGGAGUUUUUUUUUUUUCAUGUGUUUGUUACAGCAUAUGAUUUGGACCUGCUUUUCUGUGUAGCUUUUUAUGUUCUGAAAGAAAAAAAGUCCUCUUCUUAGCUUUAAAACAUCUUAGUCUCUUAUGUCUCAUUAAAUUGCUAAUAAUGUAAUGUCCUAAAAGCAAAAAUAAACGGAUUAAAAGUUAA